AGUCACCGCCUUGCUAUGCUUUUCACAGCUCAAUUUGGAGCAGUGCAGUGAUCAAAGUGGUUUUCCGCCGUGCCUCGCUAGUGCAUUUGAGUGAAGAACGUUGCUAGUAAGGUUGCGAGGACGCUGUAGUCCAACUCUGAGAAAAUUGUGAGGAAUUGCUUUACUAGGAGCUACAGACGUAGCUGAGCCUUUUGGCUGAUUCCAGCCGCAGGGCUAACAAUUUAACUCAUUGAUGAGGUUGAAGCAGGGAUCGAGUGAGCGUAAACACGUUGCUCCGAAGACUCGGUUGUAGAACUUUGAUUUAGGAAGAAGUCUGCGCAAGUUAUCAAUUUCGAGGACGGAAAGUACCCCGUUCGUGACAAUUAGGGUUUGUGCUCUUUGGAUGGUACAAAGGUAGUAGCGAGGUUUUGUUGGUGUGAUUUUCUUCUGGAGAUUAUAUGGCGUUUAGUUUUUUCUCCUCGAUGAUUUUUCCUCUGCGGCUUGGGUUCUCUUCGCAAAUGGUGAUUGGAUGCUCUCAUGGUGGGCGCGAGGAGAGUGCUGGGAGGUGGUGUGUGUAUGGGAGCAAGGAGUUGCUGUGCUUGUAGCAUUGGUGUUGGAAGCGCCCCUGAUGGCGUGUUCCAGUUGAGAAGAAACAGAAGGAUAUCAAAUCAAAAUCUUUGGGGAAAGUAGAAAGAGCAGUAUCAAGCAGGAGCAACAUUCAUAAAUAUUUGCGAACAGUGCAAGAGCUCAUCAAGAAAUCAAUAUGGUUCAGUCGACGUGUGAAACUGGAGGCUCGGGGCAGGAAGCACAUCACGAAUAUAUGGAUGAUCGUGAGUCCACAAAUUCAACCACCCGUUCGUACGAAACAAAAGUCACUGACUUGGACUUGGAUAGCUUGGUGCUAUGUGCAUCGAAUCUGUCACUCCAUGACCUGACGAACAUGGCAAUGACAUGUCAAAGAUUUCGAGAUGCAGCAUACUCCGAUACUGUGUGGGAGAUUCAGUGCAGGAAGCGGUGGCCGUCCAAGCAGUUGUAUUCCGGACACACAUUCCAGUAUUGUGGCGGCAGGGAUGCCUAUGUGGCAAGACAUACCGCCACUCAGCAACUACGUUACACAGAUCCUAUGGACGUGUACGUGCAAUUGUUACCAAUGGCUGUUAACCAUCUGCUGCUUGACGAGGAUGUUGUCACAGUUGCACAGGGUCCGAUCAUGACAGUAUGGAAGGUAAAGCCUUUUGAAAAGGGACACUUGGACGCUCCAAAUGUGUCAUAUACACUCAGAGAUCAUAAUGCACGGGUUACAUGCAUGAGGUUGAUACCUGCUGGACUUGUGGCAUUGCGUAACAUUUUUGGUGUUAGAAACAUCCUCGUCACAUCGAGCUGCGAUCAUACAAUCCGUCUUUGGGGAAAGGGCCGCUCACUUCGGACUCUGCGAGGUCAUCAAGGGCCAGUGAGCACGCUUGCAGAUCAAUUGGUUGGGAAACAAGGUUCUCCUCCAGUCUUAGCCAGUGGCGGCACAGAUGGCACGGUUCGCCUAUGGAGUCUUUCCUAUUCCAAUAAUAGCAGGGGUCGUUCUCCCCUCUUAGCCACUCUACACGGUCUUGAACCGACAAUCAAAGAGCUUGCAGUUGCUGGGCAUAAUCCAGCACUUCUCAUCAGUGCAGCUAAAGAUGCCAAGCUUCGAGUGUGGGAUGUGAUGGUAACACCUUCAUCAGCUGGAGUAGGAGCGUGCGUGGGUACAACAAAGGGGACGUUUGAGGGCAUACCUGUGGGCCUAAAAAGCGUAGACUCUAUUUGCUAUGUUGGUGGAGGCACUACUAUUAAAGCUGUUGACCUACGAACCAUGUGCACAGUAGCAACUGUGGCAUCUCAUGCAUCUGGUGUUCUCACAUUUUCGGUGUCUCCAUCGGGAACUGGCAUAUGUACUGGAGGAUCCGACAAAAUUGCAAAGCUGUGGGAUCUUCGAAUGGUUGGCGAGUCCCCAACUCCAUGGGCAGUUCUUGGUAACCACAUGGGAUCGGUGCAUAGACUUCACUACGAUUCAUACAAGGUCAUAACAGGCGGCACUGCCGAUCGCCAUGUGCGUGUUUGGAACGCCGAGACGGGCGAGGAAAUAUCCGCCAUUGAUUCAACAAUCUCUUCCUCUACUGGCACUGGAGUAAGUGCGUUCGCAGCAAAUGGCGGGAAGCUUGUAACUGGAACUUGUGGGGAGGACCCUGGCUUUGUGCGUUUCCAGGAUUUCUCGAAUUGUGUGAAUCCUUUGGUUGACUCUAGAACUGAUGUCUCUCUGGAGCAUCACAACUGCUCAAAGUUUUGGGAAAACACUCCAGAUGACGACUGUGACUCUGACUCUGACUUUCUCUCUGCAUAGCAUUGCAAAUAAGUGUAGUGUUUCCAUAGUUUAUAGUAUUAUUCCAUGCAUAUAGUACGUAUUUUGAACUGUCCUGUCUGAGUUGGCUAUCGCUGUCUUUUGUCACGAAGGGUAAUAAAGUUGGAGUUCCAGACUUAAUCUACUUCCACCAGGGUGCCAAGAUCACGCGUCGACAGCUCUCAAGCGUUGGAGAUCAAAGAGUAUCUUGAGGCUCCUGUCGUUUUUAAAGAUUAAGAUGUGUUCUCCUGAAGCGGCUGUCGCCACGUCAUGUUUUCUGCUCAUCAGGUUAGAUAUUGACCGUUGUUAUACGUGGAGUAGUUUUAACCAGUCUCAACCAAGACUCCACAAAUAACACGAUUGAAGCUCAUGUAUAGUAUCUAUAAGGUUCCCAUCUCAAAAGAACAGAUAACAAAGGCGCUUUUCUCA